AUGAAUUCUGUGUUUGGUGUACGGCGCCGAAUGCUCAGCUGCGCAUACACCCCAAAAAAGCAGCAACGGCAAACCCCUUUCAAUAUCCUCAGCAGCAGCAACAAAAGCAGCAACACAAGCAGCAGCAGCAGAAACAAAAGCAGCAGCAGCGGCAACAGAAGCAGUAGUAGGAACAAAAGCAGCAGCAGCAACACAGCAGCAGCAGAAACCAGAGCAGCAGAGCAGCAGCAGCAGCAGCAGAAGCCAGAGCAGCAGCAGCAGCAGCAGACCUAUGAGGGAGGCCCGCAGAGAGCAGCAACAGCUCCUGAUCCGCAACAGGAAGAGCAGCAGCAGCACCAAGAGCAGCACCAGCACCAAGAGUACCCGCAGCACCAAGAGCAACAGCAACAGCAGCAACGACAGCAGCAACAGCAGCAACGACAGCAGCAACAGCAGCAGCAGCAGCAGCAAGAGGAGAGGACGCACCGCACGCCGUCCCCCAGCUGGAAGAAGGUGCAGCUGCCCCAAGCAUUUUUAGUGAGUUUGAGUUUAUCAAUAAUUUUAAUUUUAAUUUCUGACAGAGUCGCCUCCGGCUGUACACAGCAAAGCAGACAGCAGCAGCAAGUAAAAAUACUUCAAAGGAGACAGACAGAUUAA